AACAUGGCUGGAGAACCCAAACCCUAUAGACCCAAACCUGGAAACAAGAGGCCCCUUUCAGCUCUUUACAGACUUGAAUCAAAGGAGCCAUUCCUGUCUGUUGGUGGUUAUGUCUUUGAUUAUGAUUACUACAGAGAUGAUUUCUACAAUCGGUUGUUUGAUUACCACGGGCGUGUCCCCCCACCUCCCCGAGCAGUGAUACCCCUAAAGCGUCCCCGUGUGGCUGUGACAGCAACUCGUCGAGGCAAAGGUGUUUUUUCCAUGAAAGGGGGAUCGAAAUCUACAUCAAGUGGGACGUCUUCUUCAGGAUCAAAAUUGAAAUCAGAUGAGUUACAGACAAUCAAGAAAGAAUUAACCCAAAUCAAAACUAAAAUUGACUCCUUGCUAGGCAGACUGGAGAAGAUUGAAAAGCAGCAGAAGGCUGAGGCAGAAGCUCAGAAGAAGCAAAUGGAAGAUAACAUAGAGUUGAACCAAGAGGAAUGUGUGUCAGAGAAUGCAGAUAACUCUACAGAAGAACCUAUUGAAGGAGGACCAGAUGCAGAUGGAGAUGGAGAAGAGAUGACUGAUGGGAUAGAGGAGGACUUCGAUGAAGAUGGAAGUAAUGAGCUGUUUCUACAGAUAAAGUGAUCUGAAGUCAUAUGUGAUGCCUGUGUAUGAUGAAAAGAGAAACUGUGACCACCCUCCCCCAGAAAUGUGAACUGCGGUUUCUUACUGGAUAGCAACAUCCUCAAUCAGAUUUGUAUGAAAACUCAAGUAAAUAUAAUGGACAAUAUUGUUCUACCUUAGAAACUCCAUUUCUUAUAUGUUUUGAGCUGUACAAUUGUCAGAUUUUUAUGAUUUAGAUUGUAAACUGUGUUUUUUUUUUCCUGGAAAAUUAUUGGUCUUUUUUUUUCUCAUUUUGAUGUCUUAAAGGCCAGUGUACUGUAUGAUAAUGUGAAGGACAUAUAUAAAAGGUAAGGGAGACACUGUAUACAAAUGUAUAUUUGUAAAAGCUAUUUUUAUGAUUAGCAUGUUUUACUGUAUAUCAUAUUUAAAGUCAGAUGAUAUCACAAUUAUCUGUUUAAAGCUUAAUUAUAACGGUAUCAUGUUAUGAUUAGACAUGUUGUAUGCUAGGUCUCAUUACUUUUGGUUUUUAGACUUUCUAGUUAUAACUUCAGUUCAUAGGCAUAAAAUACCAAGGCAAAGUUAUAUUUCUGUUCUCUAUAUGCACUGUUAGAAAUGCUGAAGAAUGCAAAUUUUUCAAACACGAUAUGAAUCAUUCAAAACCUAUCAUUUUCACCUGAUGUCUUUAAAAUGAGCAUGCUCAGCUCCCCUAGUCAGGGACAAGCCAAUUAUUAACAAUCUUUCUGAGUGAUGCCUCAGUCAGAGGUAUAGAAUCACCCUGAGAAAUGGCCAAACCAGUGCAGAUGAUUUCCCUAUUUCCUCUCAAGUGAAAUGACAGUUCUUUCCCUAAAUCCAAAAUUUUAAAUGAGAUUUAACACUUCGUUCAUCUUCUGAUCAUAGGAGCUUUCCGUUACUGAGCAUCUCAAGUGUUCUCCAGAUGCCAUAGCUAUUGUCUUGUGCUAUGGACAUGGAAGAGUCCAUGUUCACAGAGACUGUAGGAGAAUUCAACAUAUAAUUUCUUAAUAAAUAUUGUUUCUUUUCAAAC